AUGUCAAGGCUGGAUGAUCCUCCUCGGCGAGGAAAGGGUGUUUGCGCCAUGCGAGGGAGCUGUGGAAGAACGAGUAUGUUUGGUGCAGAAUUACCUUGUCCGGAUGAUGGACAUGCGUCUGAGCCCGAACAAAAACUCCUUGACUUGAUGGCCAACGUUUGCGGACCGUCUUACACCCUGCCUUCAUCAGUCUGCUGCACCUACGACCAAGUGGCAACUUUAUCCGAUCGUUUACAACAGGCUGCGCCUCUGAUAUCCUCGUGCCCAGCAUGUAUCAACAACUUCCGAUCUUUCUACUGCGACUUCACUUGUUCACCUGAUCAGUCGACUUUCUUAUCGGUCGCUUCAACGCAGAAAACGACGGAAGGGAAGGAUGCUGUCCAGGAAGUAGACUAUGAAGUUAGCACGGAAUUUAAGCAAGGGUUUUACAGCAGUUGUAAAGAUGUACAAUUUGGAGCUACAAACGGGUUCGCGAUGGAUCUAAUAGGUGGAGGAGCUAAAAACGCAAGCUCGUUUCUGAAGUAUAUGGGAGAUAUUAGACCCGGAUUAGGAUCACCGUUCCAAAUCAGUUUCCCCGAUAAUGACGAUUCUCAAUAUUCCCGUAUACCUCUCAGCUGCUCGGAUUCCAGUGAUAUCAACGCUCGAUGUGCUUGUGUAGACUGUCCCUCAGUAUGUCCGGAAUUACCUUACGUUGCUCCUCCUUCUACUGGCAAAUGUCACGUUGGAGCGGUAUCCUGUCUCACCUUUUCACUACUCAUCAUCUACUCCGUUGCCAUUCUGGCCGGAAUCACCUUCUACUCUUGGAAACAAGCUCUUCGACAUCGCCAACGACGGUAUGAACGACAUGCUCUCCUCGAUCCACCCCUUUCGCCUACUGCAGCAAGUGGAAAUACCAAUGGACUGGACGGAUUGGUUGGCAGAGGUGGUGAGGACGCUGAAUCAGGACCAAGUGGUUCGAUACAUUUCAGACUUGGAAGAGGCGCGUCCCUUCUCGAUCCAAUGGAACAUCUCCAGCCCAAACAAAAUAAGAUCAAUGCAGCUCUACGCCGGUUCUUCUAUCGUCUAGGUCUGUUUUGUGCCAAGCAACCUGUAGCUGUAUUCGCUCUCACAGCUCUCAUUGUCGCUUUCCUGAAUAUAGGCUGGAAGUAUUUCGCAGUUGAGACAGACCCUGUUAGACUGUGGGUAUCUCCAUCAAGUGAAUCUGCCGCUCAAAAACACUUUUUCGAUGAGAACUUCGGUCCCUUUUAUCGAUCCGAACAGGUUUUCGUCACUCAAGCAGGAUCUGGUCCAGUCAAUCAUGAUACUUUGGAUUGGUGGCUAAAGGUAGAAGCCGAGAUCGGUCAGCUUAAAUCUGAGUCCGGCGUUACUCUACAGGACAUAUGUUUUGCGCCUGCUGGAAGAGGAACGCCCUGUGUCAUUCAAUCUGUAUCAGCCUGGCUAGGAGAGGAUAUGGAUCAGUGGGGAGAAGACUGGGAGUCCAGGAUCACAGACUGUGCUGGUCGACCUGGAGAAUGUUUACCACCUUUUGGGCAACCCAUCGAUCCUAAAUUGGUCUUAGGCGGCGCAAAAGGAGAUUGGUUGAACGCCCAAGCGCUAGUAAUCACAUGGGUUGUGGAUAACUACAAUGACGAUCGAGCUGCGCCGGCGGAAGAAUGGGAAAGAGUCUUAAAUUCCUAUCUCUCUGGUUUGUCAAGACCCGGCGUCGAUAUUAGCUAUUCAACUGGGAUCAGUCUGGAAGAAGAACUUAACAAGAGCACCAAUACCGAUGUCAAGAUUGUUGUUCUUUCUUAUCUGGUCAUGUUCCUCUACGUUUCUCUGACUUUGGGUGGCGGACUUCCUCCUCACGUGAUCUCUGCUCUUGGAAAUCGUGUAUGGAGGGGUCUUGUUCAUCUUGGAGUCCUCUUACGGAUCGUCAAAUCUCCUCCUCCAGAUAGAUCAUCUUCUUCACCCAGCUUUUCCCUUAUCCCGACUUUACUCUCAGUCAAUUCCAAAUUCUCGCUUGGUCUUUUCGGUAUCGCUAUUGUGCUCAUCGCCGUCUCGUCUUCCGUCGGACUUUUUUCUCUCCUUGGGGUAAGGGUCACCCUCAUCAUCGCCGAGGUUAUCCCUUUCCUCGUUCUGGCUGUUGGCGUGGAUAAUGUAUUCAUCCUCGUGCACGAGCUCGAAAGGCAGAACUCACUUCACGCUGCACAAGGUGCCAAUGAUGAUAGUCAGUCGGUGGACAGCGAAGGCAGACAACCCAGUAACAGCACUUCUCUUGCACCCGAGGAACGCGUCGCUAGAGCAGUGGCUAGAAUGGGACCUUCGAUUCUACUUUCUUCCGUCACAGAAGUAGUAGCGUUUGCUCUGGGCGCACUUGUACCAAUGCCAGCCGUAAGGAACUUCGCUAUUUACGCUGCUGGGAGUGUUUUCCUGGGAGCAGUAAUGCAAGUGACUGUCUUUGUCAGUGCCAUGACUCUUGAUCUGAAGCGAGCCGAAGCUAUGCGGAUCGAUUGUUUCCCUUGCAUUCAAUUAAGGCCUCCAAUCGGGCUGUACGAUGAAACCGCUCCUACUGCUGAAGGCGUAGUCAACAAAUUCAUGAGGACCAUCUAUGCGCCCUUCUUGUUGAAGAAUGGUAUCAAGCAACUUGUCUUGGUCGCUUUUGGGGGAUUAUUCUUGUUCGCUACGAUUGGAAUACAGCAUAUCACUCUCGGAUUAGAUCAACGACUUGCCCUGCCGGCGGAAUCGUACCUGGUCUCCUAUUUCAACGCUCUCGAUGCUUAUCUUGAUGUUGGACCUCCCGUUUACUUCGUGGUCCAAGGAGCGGAUGUUCCGGUCCGUCAUGGUCAACAGCAGCUGUGCGGAAGAUUUACUACCUGUAUGGAGCUGAGUGUGGCCAACUCACUUGAGGCAGAACGCAAAAGACCAGAGUCAUCCUUCGUUGCUUCUCCACCAGCAGCAUGGAUAGACGAUUUCCUUCAAUGGACAAACCCCACCUUCGAAUCUUGCUGUCGAGUACGACGACGAGACCCAACUGUGUUCUGCUCACCUAGAGAUUCCGAAAGAUUAUGUCGACCGUGCUUUGAAGGAGAAGAUUGGGAUGCGACAAUGAACGGUCUACCUGAAGGGGCGGAUUUCAUGCGAUAUCUUCAACAGUGGUUGGUAUCACCUACGAAUGAAGAAUGUCCUUUGGGUGGUCAAGCGCCCUACUCUUCAGCGGUCAAGCUCGCGUCGGACAACAAUACUGUCAUAGCAUCUCAUUUCAGGACCUAUCAUACCCCCCUCAAAUCGCAAUCAGACUUUAUUGAGGCUUUGGCUGCUGCUCGUCGGAUCUCGAACGAUAUAAGUCACCGAACAGGAGUAAAGGUUUUCCCUUACUCGUUGUUCUACGUGUUCUUUGAGCAAUACUCUCAUAUUGUAUCGACCGCAGCGCAAGUACUUUCAUUAGCCUUGAUAGCUAUAUUGGCUAUAACAUCAUUACUCUUAGGAUCGUGGAGAACAGGAGCUACAGUGACCUUUGUUUGUGCGCUGGCGGUCACAAACGUCAUGGGAAUCAUGGGAUACUGGGGAAUCUCACUGAACGCUAUCAGUUUAGUCAACUUGGUCAUCAGCUUGGGUAUAGCAGUAGAAUUCUGCUCCCACAUAGCUAGAGCAUUCAUGGGUGCUGGAACAGGAUUACCUGUUGAUAAGGAGAUAGGAAGGAAGGAACGAGAUGAAAGAGUAUGGACAGCUUUAGUUGACGUUGGUCCCUCUGUUUUCUCCGGAAUAACAAUGACCAAAUUGAUUGGUAUCUCGGUAUUGGCAUUAACUCGAUCAAAAUUACUCGAAGUUUACUAUUUCAGGAUGUGGUUGUCACUCAUAUUAUCGGGAGCAUUGCAUGGUUUAGUAUUGUUGCCUGUUUUGUUGACUUAUACAGGUGGUCAAGGAUAUAGUCUAGAAGAUACCGACGAGGAUUGGGUAACUUCACAAAUGAGAAGACCAAUGGAUUACGAGUAUGCUCCAUUCGCAGAUACCGAUAGUAUCAUGUCCGAUUAG